AUGUUGCACGGCGACGCCGCCUCCUCUCCUGUCAGCGGCGUGCCAACGACCCAUCAGGACAAGCGGGACGUGGCGUACCUGAUGUACCUGGUCUCAGUUUGGGAGCUCAUCUUCUUGUACUUCGAGAUACCAUUCGCGGCCCGAUCGACCCGCGAGGAAGGGCCCGAGGACCGGCGGCGCCAAACGGAAGGAUUCGGCGGCUCUCGUGAGAUGCGUCACGCGCCCCCCUCCGAGGCCAACGUGGGCGCGUCCUCCGCUUUCGCCCACAAAAAGCCCGCAGCCUGCCGGGCGGGCGGCCAUUGGCGACCACUGGGCGGCUCGCGGGUGUCGAUUUCUUCAGCGUACGCCGACGCGGCGGCGGCGGCGGCGGCCAACGCGAGCCGACCCGUCGAGUACCGAGACUCGCUGGGCAAAGCGGCCUUCAAGAAUGUGCUGGUUCUCGCCAUCGGACUGUCCAUCAACUACGUCAACGCGUGCCUCAUCUACACCUUCUGUCGCCAUCAGAUCUUCUACUCCAGCCCCCGCUACAUCCUGUUCUUCCACCUGGUCCUGAACGACAUGAUCCAGAUGAGCGCCAGCGUCAUCCUCUUCGUCGUCAGUUACACCCUGUACAAGAUCAGCGUGUCCGCGUGCGCCGCCUUCAUCCUGAUGGCCGUCAUCACCUCGGAGAACACGCCCCUCAACCUGGCCUGCAUGGCGGCCGAGUGCUACGUGGCCGUCUGCCUGCCGCUCCGCCGCGCCCGCAUCUGCACGGUCGGGAAGACUCUGGUCCUCAUCGCCUCGAUCUGGACCGUCAGCGUCAUCUCCACCUUCCCGGACCUCUUGGUGACUUUGGCCACCGAGCCUCCGGGGUUCUUCUCCUCCGACGUCUUCUGCCUCCGAGAGACCGCCUUUCCCAGUCCGACGCUGGCGCAGAAGCGGGACGUCACCUACAUCGCGUACCUGGUCCUGGUCUGGUCGGUCAUCUUCUGCCUGUACUUCAAGAUCCUGUUCACGGCCCGGUCGGCCAGCAAGGACGCCAAGAAGGCCCGGCGGACCAUCGUCCUGCACGGCGUUCAGGUUCUGCUGUGCAUGACCAUGUACGCCGAAGCUCUGGUCAAGCUGGCGCUGCUCCGAUGGUUCCCCGAGAACUACUCCGACUCGCUGUUCGCCUGCUACGUGGUCGUGCAGAUCCUGCCCCGCGCCAUCAGCCCCAUCAUCUACGGCGUGAGGGACAAGUGCUUCAGGAAGUACCUCAAACUCUACCUCAGUUGCAAGGGAGGCCUUCAGUGA